GUUGCAAUUUCCUGAUCACAAGGCUUGUGCCUUGUGAUCAGAUUGUGAUUUCGUGCUCACGAAGUUGCAAAGUCUCUCACAUUUCCAGAUUCCAGCUUUCAGCAUUCAGCGAUCUUGAGCCUUGAGGCGCUCUUAGCGACCAGCAGCCAGAGAUUUUGUGCUCUAGCAUUCUCAGCUUUUAGCUAGUGCUCACGCGCCGCUCGUGCGCACUUACUGUGCUUGCUAGAGGUGCAGUCCAAGGUAGGAAUCUUGCUCCUAUGUAACUACCUGAGGAGCAGUGGCUGCCUGCUUGUUGCAGCAUAAGCAGAGUCUCCAGCGGCAGAAGGCAGAGCCCCCAGCUUGGAACGUCCCAAGGUUUGCCCACGUUGAAGCAGUUGCAACGUAAAUGGCGCUGCGCGGAAAUAUCAAGCAUGUUGCGGAGAAGAAACAGAACAGUGCACAGGUGCAAAGCAUUGCGACGAAGCGGUGGCAAGAGUUUACUGAGACAUGGUUUGCUAAACCUAUCUACCUUUUCCUAAUGCUGCUGCUCGGGUACCCCCUCUUCCUCUUGAUUGCCAAGGAGCGGACGAGCACUGUUAAUCGAGUGUGGCGGAACGUCCAGGCCGCAAUCUGGAUCAUGUGUUUCCAGGCGAGCGUGGCCGGCAUCACCGCCAGGCCAUAUGAGUUCUUUGCUAGCGCGGCCGUAUAUGUGACCAUUGGCGUCAUGAGCAUGCCGGCUACUUGGUUCGGGUGUGUCUCAUCAAUGAGGGUUGCAUAUGCUGCUGAGACCGCAGCCAACAGCAGCCUGCGGUUCCUGUUGGGGUCCAGCACAGUCGCGGGACUAUACUUCAUCUUCAUGCUGGCUCUCAUUCUCAGCCACUCUCAUAUGGACCUGUCCAAGACUGAGGCAGCUACCACUGGAUGGCUGCUGGCAACAGCUUUAAUUACUUACACUCAGGGUGCUGCAGCUCUUAUGUCGCGCUGGUGGAAGGAUACGAACAUUUAUACUCUCAUCCUGUACUUCAUGAUUGGGUCUGCUGGCUGGGCAGCGACCUACUUCUCUGUAGCACCCAUCACCUACCUCCACCUUACACACUUAAGUUCCGUCACUCCUGCGGAAGCCCUUGCUCAGGAUCUUCUUUCCUGCCUGAGCAAUGUCACCAUCACACACCAUCCAGCCAAGGAGCUCGUCUCCUGGCUGACGCCGACCCUCGCUAACAUCACCCUGACGGCGAGAAUAGCGGCAUGGAACCAUGUCAGCAGCGCUCCAUCUGGCUGCAGGGUUUGUCGGCACCUUCUGCAUUGUCGGCUACCAGCUGGAUUGGCUGAUCUAUCUGCCAACAUCUUUUGGCUACCUCGGGGCCCACACAUCGCUCGUUUUUGCACUCUGGUAUUUCACUCCGCUGCUCCGAACAUGCACGUGCACCAAGACGCCGACAACAAUGCUGGGACUAACAAUGAGGGACUCAAGGAUCGGGACUCGGCAGACGACCCGGAGGGAAAAAGCGGUGACGCGAUUCGUGUCGUUGAGCAGAACGGCAAUCGGAUCGGGAAGAUGGAGGAGCCCGUGGCGACUCAGGGCGAGACUCAGCUGGGAGUCAUGACGUCAGACAGUCCCGCAAGAAGCCAACUCUCAAGCAACGGCACAUACAAGCAGCCAAAAGAAGGACAGGAACUUGCCUGAAAGCUCAGGUAGUUCAGGAUGACGGCAAAGCGUUGCAAUUUAACACGUCAACAUGAUUGUUUUCAUUUGGAAGGACUGCAGGUUAAGUUCUGAGAUCCAUUUUGACCCCUCCAGUUUACUCGGUGUUGUGGUAGAAGCCAGAGACUCCCAGACUCCAUUUGAUAAAUUCGUGGCUUUAAGAAGAGAGGUCAUGAGGAAGUUCGUAGAGUUUAUAGUGCCUGCAAGAAGCCUAGCUUGUCAGAAGCAUGGCUGCAUGGUUCCGUUCCUUCUUCAACUCUGGCUCUCAUAUGGGUCCGUAAUUGGUUACAUCCCCGUAUGACUGAAGGACUUGGCAGCGUACUCAUGGCCCGGAGUGCAAGACACUUGCUCGGUCUCAG